UAUCCUAAAUUAUUUCCUUUAAGCCUUCAAUUUCAAAACCAUUACUACAACUACUACAUGUGGUUGUGUUCUUCACUUAUCUUUUCUUCUUUAUUCUAACUAAGCUAAGCUUAUUCUAAAUUAUUUCUCUCUUUGAUUUCUUCAUCAUAUAAACAUAUACUACAAUGUGUGGUAUUCUUGCUGUGCUUGGUUGCUCUGAUCCUACUAGAGCUAAGAGGGUUCGUGUCCUUGAGCUUUCACGCAGAUUGAAGCACCGUGGCCCUGAUUGGAGUGGGCUCCACCAACAUGGUGACUGCUUUUUGGCACACCAACGGUUAGCCAUAGUUGAUCCUGCUUCUGGGGAUCAACCUCUCUUUAAUGAAGACAAAUCUGUCAUUGUCACGGUAAAUGGAGAGAUUUACAACCAUGAAGCUCUCAGGAAACAGCUGUCUAAUCACACAUUCCGAACGGGAAGUGAUUGUGAUGUUAUUGCACACUUGUACGAGGAAUAUGGAGAAGACUUUGUGGACAAGUUGGAUGGUAUCUUUUCCUUUGUUCUAUUGGAUACUCGUGAUAACAGUUACAUAGUGGCUAGAGAUGCUAUAGGAGUAACUUCCCUAUACAUUGGUUGGGGAUUGGAUGGUUCUGUUUGGAUUUCAUCAGAAAUGAAAGCCUUGAAUGAUGAUUGUGAACAUUUUGAGUGUUUUCCACCUGGUCAUUUGUACUCUAGCAAAGAUGGUGGAUUUAGAAGAUGGUACAAUCCUCCCUGGUACUCUGAGGCUAUUCCAUCAGCUCCUUAUGAUCCUCUAGCUUUGAGGCAUGCCUUUGAGAAGGCAGUGAUAAAGAGGUUGAUGACUGAUGUGCCUUUUGGUGUUCUACUAUCUGGAGGUUUGGACUCAUCAUUGGUUGCAUCCAUCACUUCUCGCUACCUAGCAACCACUAAAGCUGCUGAACAAUGGGGAUCAAAAUUACACUCAUUCUGCGUUGGCCUUGAGGGCUCACCUGAUCUUAAGGCUGGAAAAGAAGUUGCAGAUUACCUUGGAACUGUUCACCAUGAGUUUACCUUUACUGUUCAGGAUGGUAUAGAUGCAAUUGAGGAUGUUAUAUACCAUGUUGAAACAUAUGAUGUGACUACAAUUAGAGCAAGUACACCUAUGUUUCUUAUGUCAAGGAAGAUUAAAUCACUUGGUGUCAAAUGGGUGAUCUCUGGUGAAGGAUCUGAUGAGAUAUUUGGUGGAUAUCUGUACUUUCACAAGGCACCAAACAAGGAAGAGUUCCACCAAGAAACAUGCCGCAAGAUCAAAGCACUCCACCAAUAUGAUUGCCAGAGAGCAAAUAAAUCAACCUUUGCUUGGGGUCUAGAAGCCAGAGUUCCAUUUUUGGACAAGGAGUUUAUCAAUGUUGCAAUGAAUAUUGAUCCUGAGAAUAAAAUGAUAAAAAAAGAUGAAGGACGAAUUGAGAAGUAUAUUCUGAGGAAGGCCUUCGAUGAUGAAGAGAAUCCUUAUCUGCCAAAGCACAUUUUAUACAGGCAGAAGGAACAAUUCAGUGAUGGUGUUGGUUAUAGUUGGAUUGAUGGCCUUAAAGCUCAUGCUGCAAAACAUGUGACUGAUAGGAUGAUGCUUAAUGCUGGCAAUAUCUACCCCCACAACACCCCAAACACCAAGGAAGCAUACUACUACAGAAUGAUCUUUGAGAGGUUCUUCCCCCAGAACUCAGCAAGGCUAACUGUUCCUGGAGGACCAACUGUUGCAUGUAGCACAGCUAAGGCUGUUGAGUGGGAUGCUUCUUGGUCCAAGAACCUUGAUCCUUCUGGUAGAGCAGCACUUGGAGUUCAUGAUUCAGCUUACGAAAACCAGAAAACCUUGGUCAACAAACCUGUAGAAUUUGAGAAGAUUAUACCAUUGGAAGCUUCUCCAGUUGAGGUUGCCAUUCAGAGCUAGUUUGAGCUGUGGCACGAAGCGACUGUGCUAGAAUGAAGAUAAUAAUUAACAUGAAUGAAGAAUUCGCCUGCUGUAUUAUUUAUCUGGGGCAAUGAAAUGAUGCUAUAUAAUAUAAUUAUAAGGCUUUAAAUAAGUAUUGCAUCUUGUAUCAUUUGGAAUUCUGUAAUUUGAACUGUUAUCUUAAUCUAUUUGGUUUCAAAGCAAUGUGUUGCCUAUAUACAAAUUGCAUCAAGUUUUACUUA